CGUCUACAGUACAACACAGACCUAUUUCAAUCAAAAUGUUUAAAUUGGUGGUGUUGUCCGCUCUCUUGGCUAUUGCCGCCGCUCGUCCAGGGUACUUGGCCGCCCCAGCUGUAUACAGCUCCGCCAUCGUGGGAUCCGUACCAACCUCCAUCAGCCACAGCAGCUCAUCCAUCGUACACAGCCAUGCUCCAGUCGCCUACUCCGCCUACUCCGCUCCAAUUGUGGCUGCACCAGUCGUACACUCUGCUUCACUCAUCCAUUCUGCUCCACUUGUACACUCUGCUCCACUCAUCUCUACCUACGCUGCUGCUCCAGCUGUUUCUGUUCACCCAUGGUAAACAGUUAUUGAGUUUCUGCAAUAGCCGAUAGUGCAAUAGACAAAUGUAUGCCAAAAUGUUCCUGAUUAAACUCUCAAUAAAGUUUUUUUUAUUUAUAGAAUGCAUCUUUAUUUUUUGAAUUAAUAAAAUUUAAAAUGACACUGUCUUAAAAGUAUAGGUAGGUAGGUAUGAUCUAUUUUAAUGUAACAAACCUAGUAUU